CCGGGCCGGAAGUGGCUCGCGCUCGGUCUUUCCGCGCCGGCGACUGGGCGGUCGACGGUGCUGAGCGGAGCGUCCGUGUUGGGGGUUCGCGGCCAACCGCUGCCGUCGCUCUCCGCGGCUGAGAGAACAUGGUGGGCCGCAACAGCGCCAUCGCCGCCGGAGUCUGCGGGGCCCUCUUCAUCGGCUACUGCAUUUACUUCGACCGCAAGAGAAGGAGUGACCCCAACUUCAAGAACAGGCUGCGAGAACGAAGAAAGAAACAGAAGCUUGCCAAGGAGAGAGCUGGGCUUUCCAAGUUACCUGACCUUAAAGAUGCUGAAGCUGUUCAGAAGUUCUUUCUUGAAGAAAUACAGCUUGGUGAAGAAUUACUAGCUCAAGGUGAAUAUGAAAAGGGUGUAGACCAUCUGACAAAUGCAAUUGCUGUGUGUGGGCAGCCACAGCAGUUACUGCAAGUGUUACAGCAAACUCUUCCACCACCAGUGUUCCAGAUGCUGCUGACGAAGCUCCCAACAAUUAGUCAGAGAAUUGUAAGUGCUCAGAGCUUGGCUGAAGAUGAUGUGGAAUGAUGAAAAAUGUCAACAUAAUAAAAUCGCACUUCAAAAUAUUUUUAAAAUUCUUGGAAGUUGAGUGGCUCUGGGGGAAUAAACACAAAUAAGCUUGUUAAUGGACUGUACUACACUGAAAUCUACCAAAGUUCUUGUUUGCUUUGUGUAGAUCCAUUUGUCUGUUUUAUUUAUUUUCCCAGUGAAAAGUGUAUUUUGAUAGAAAGCUUUUCAUUUUAUAAAUACACUAGAAGUCACCAAAAUAUGAAUUUUGUCUAAAACAUGCAAGUUACAUACAUAACAGCAUACUAAACUAUAUACAAAAAAAUGGUGAAAGAAAGCUGAGGAGUGCUACUUUUUGUAAACUAGCACAUUUUGAGAUAAAUUAGAAAAUUAAAUGGAAACUUGGCUGUGUUGUGAAAACUGAUCAUCGAAGUUUCUUCCCGAGCUCAUUCAGUCUAAUGUAACCCUGUACGGUGUGCUGCUGUGCUGUGCUAACAACCGCAGCCUGUCCUGCGGUGUCAGUCCUGAGACAUUGUGCUUACCUCCGUGGACUGCGUUCCUGUGUCCUGGAUAUUUACCUCCACAUGUUUGGGAUAUGUGGAGUUGCAAAAAGCACUAGGAAUUAGAUCUGCAUACGUCACUAGUCUAGCUACGUGAUCUUCGCCAGUUCCCGUUGUUUCACUGUGUUCAUUUGUGAACUGAGGAAAUGAGCCUCCUGGUUUCUGAAGUGUCCCUUUCCACUCCAAUUCACUUGAUUUUCUGGUGGACAUUUUCAAGUCACCUUUACCUGAGAAGUUUAUUUGGGCAAUCUUGUCUGGCACUUUUUUUUUUUAAUGUUCUGAAUUUUGCAUGCUUGCUUGACUUAGAAUUUCUGAAUUGAUGUUUUUAAAAAUGGUGUAAAUACCUUCUUGCUUUUCACUGAAAAUAUAUGGGCUGUCACUGUUCUGUAAAUUAAACUAAAAGUUAACCUUUA